UCUUCAGAACAGCACAGCACAAUUUAGGCCAGUAUUUGCUAUUAGUCUGUCAGCGUUCUCUAGCCGCCGCUAUCGCCGUCUCCGUUGGUCCUGCCUGCCUUCUUCCGCGGCUGCCCCCCACUCAACCGAGAUCGAUUCGGAGAGCCACACUUCAUAGCUCGAAGGCAGGCGAACAGGCGAGAUUGACGAUCGGGUAACGGGGAAGAUUCGCUUAUGGCGUUCGCACAGAACCCGCUGUCGCUAGCUUUUCCGCCGGAACAGGUCCACGCGUUACUCCAGGAGCAGGCGUUUCGACGAGAGCACGGGAACGGCGUCGAUUCGCUAGAUCCAACGGACGACGUUAGCCGAUGGAGAGGAGGUCGAGAAGGGUCGUCCGGUGCUGGAAACGCGCCUCCUUAUAACGGAUCUCGGCGAUCCGCUACAGCAGCGCCAUCCAGUCGUAUAUCGAUGCUAACUGUAGAGGAUCUUAAGAAACCGCCUCUAUCGUGGACAGAUUUGUUCUUCGGCUGGGGACAAAUACGGUCAGCGUAUUCUUUUCCGGGCAGCUGGCGGGAAAUGGGAAGACGCGUGGACUCUAAUUUCGUGGAGUUUCUGGGGAACUACCUCCGGGUCCUCCUUUUCUUCCUAGUCUGCGUCAUGUACAAGCGGCCAGUGGCGUGCGCGGGGUUGGUAGCCAUGGUCCGGCUAUGGCACGAGCUCAGGAAAUGCAACGUGGCGCUUCGAGUGCACAAGGACAGCUGGCGCCUGCAUGCAGGCCGGUUCCUCUUGCAACUAAUGCUGUGGGUGGUGGCGUUCUGUUUCAGAGUCGUUCCAGCUCUCACCCUCGCUCUCAGCCUUGCCUUAUUUGUCAUUCUGGCUCACAGCUCGCUUCGCCAUCCGCCACCCAUGCAGCCUCAGCAACCCCCCAGCCGCAGUGGCAGCAUCAGGCAGCAGCGAGGGAGAUGAUAGCAGAGAGCAGAGAGCAGAGAGCAGAGAUGGCAUAGAUAGCAGAGAGAGCAGAGAGAGUAGAGAUUGCAGGGAGCAGAGAGAGCAGGAACUGCAUGUCAUUGGAAUUUAUUGCAUUGAAAAUUGAUGCAGUGUGUUGUGUAGCUGUUCUACUGGUAUGCCUGGAGCUGACGAGGUGAAAAAUGGAAUUAAAUGCAGAAUUGUGA